CGGGUAACAUGAGGUUAAAGGGUAUCGCGCUGCCUGUAUAGAUCUAUGGUACAUAUUCGCAAUGCUCAUACGACGGGUGUUACAGUGUGGGGCGUCGGUGCUGAAGGGAACACGGUCAGUUCACCUCAGCCCCCCAUGGCGGAGCCCCCUUAUACCCAUAGUUGUAGAACAAACGGGCCGGGGAGAGAGAGCAUAUGACAUAUACUCCAGGUUGCUAAGGGAGAGGAUCAUUUGUGUAAUGGGACCAAUCGAUGACUCUGUGGCCAGUCUGGUUAUUGCUCAGCUGCUUUUUCUGCAGUCAGAGAGUAACAAUAAACCGAUUCACAUGUACAUCAACAGCCCAGGGGGUGUGGUGACGGCAGGCUUGGCCAUCUAUGACACCAUGCAGUAUAUCCUGAAUCCCAUCUCCACUUGGUGCGUGGGCCAGGCGGCUAGCAUGGGCAGCCUGCUGCUGGCUGCAGGGACCCACGGCAUGCGCCACUCCCUGCCCAACGCCAGGAUCAUGGUGCACCAGCCCUCCGGGGGGGCCAGGGGUCAAGCUACAGACAUUGCAAUUCAAGCUGAGGAGAUCCUUAAACUGAAGAGGCAGAUAAACAACAUCUACAGCAAACACACCGGGCAGCCCAUUGAAACUAUAGAGGGUGUAAUGGAACGAGAUCGCUACAUGGGCCCCAUGGAAGCCCAGGAUUUUGGGAUCAUCGACCGGGUGUUGGUUCACCCUCCUCAGGCUGGCCAGGAUGAGCCCGAACUCGUGCAGAAAGACCCUCCCGUGGCCACCAGCCCCGCUCCCGCCUCUGAACCCCUGACCCCUGAACAGGGAUCCCCAAGGGCCAAUCCCCCUUCCUCAUACAGGCCUGAGCCCUGAACCCUGAACCACAACCCAAAACCAAUCCUGUACCCCUCACACUGACAAGACUGUCUGAGAACAAAGCUUCAAUUUUUCAGAUAAAAACUCAAAUAUAUUCUGUCGUUGGUUUGAUACGAUCAUUACCUGUAAAAUCUCUUGACACUGGUAUUCAGUUUUCAGACUUCGGUGCUCAACCCUGCUCAAAGCGUUGGUUCCCAGCUGGAAUCGGCGACCCUUGUCUUAGCAUUCUUACGCAAUGUCCAGGAGACUAAAGUCCAGAAUAUCAGCUCAGUUGUACCCUGCAAAAGUCUGUCAAACUGGGUAAUUUUGGAUACUAAUGGAGCUGCCAGAGGAAGUUCACUAGUUUUUAGCAGAUUACUAGCAUUGCAUACUGCAAUAUGUGAACCUUCAUGAUCCACACAGAAAGGACAGCACACGUGUAAUGUGCGCAUUGGUUACAACAGCAAAGUUGUACUCAAUUAUAAAGUGCAGUUUUAACUGUGAAUUUGUCUAGUCACAUUUGGUGUUUUUUGACUAACUUCUGGUUGGGGAAAUAGAAUUAAAAGAUUCACCUCAUUAAAACUUUGGCAUUUUCA